AUGACUAAUGUCCAACAGCUGCUCACUACUCCAGUUAUUGAUUAUCAAGAUGAGUUAGAGCUCCCAAUUGAUUGCGAAAAUGUUGUGCUUUGUGAUAACAAUGUGUUGUUGGUUAUCAAAGGUAACACUGUGACCGUUUACAAUGGUCUUUUGAUCAAUAGAGUCUUGAAGUUUGAAGACAACAUUGUAAAAGCAUGUGUUACCACUUUUUUGAUACAAGAUGUGCCUACCCAGAUAAUGGCCAUCUGCUUCAGAAAAUACAUCAACUUCUACUAUCCAAGUGGGAAAGUAUUCACUUUACAUUUACCAUUUGAUGUUGCAUUGGUCAAGGAAUAUGAAAGGGGCUUGGUUUUGCAAACCAAAACAGAACUCUACUUGAUAAACAAGAAUCUCGACUUGAAGUUUGUUGAUACAGAUACAAAUAGCUCCUUUUCUAGUCAUGAAUACGUCACCACUUUCAACCAACGAGAUAAUGGGAUUUCAUUAUGUACCACAUUCAUUAACGGGGAAAUUAACGUUUACCAAGUGAAAAACUCAAAUCGAAACUUCAAACUGAACACCAAGUCUUCAAGCAAACAGCAGAAGAAGAAGUAUUACUCGAUGUCGGCAUCCUCUAGCAAGUACACUGAGCCAAAGCUCAGCCAAAUUUUCAUUCUGGAGAAUAGGACAAGUACAUUGUUGUCUAACGCAAGGGUCCUCAAUGCUGAACAACCCCCUCUGUCAAGUAUGCGUAAAGAUGUCAUAUUGUCAAAAAUUGACAGCAUAGAAAGCAAACUCAAUAGAAACCAUGUCAAAUUAUUCAGUAUACGCUUUGAAAAUCAAGAAGGAAUUGUGGUGGUCAACAAAUUGAAACAAGAGCUACACGUGCACCGCUACAACUCGUAUUCAAAAAGUCUGUCUAGUUACAAGUGUCUGUGUCUUGAUUGCAUCCCAUUGAAUUCCAAUUUCGAAGGCAAUUUGAUAGUCUUGACUGAUGAUGGCUUAUUCAUUGUAAAUCCGUUCCUAGAGCUACGUACUGGAUGUAACACAAACCUACCGGCUUAUAUGCUUCUAAGCUCAUUUAAUGGGAGAGUUGCGCUUCGACUCAAAAAUGAUUCUGUUCGAUUAGUGAAGGUGAUAUUAGAGCCAGUAUCCGACUUGGUCCUGUCGUGUUUGAGAUGCUUCAAAUACUUGUCAGGGUCAACCGUUGACCAAAUAUUUUGGCUGUUAUGGCGAACGGCCUACAACAACUGUGGGUCAGAAUGGGACGCAUUGGUUAUAGCCUUGUUGUCAUUAUCCGUCCCAUUUCCGGGCGAUUUUCAAUUCACAGUCAAUGAAAUCACAAAUCUUUUGCCACAAGCCAAAGCCCUUCGCGAAAGUGCACUUGUUAACUAUAGUUUGCAGGACUUGAUACCGUACAUUGUUGUGUCUUUGCAUUUGCUUCGAGAAGAAUACAAAUUGGAUGUUACUAAAGGGAGCUACUUGAAACGGCUAGGCAAUUUGUUGAGCCAGUUGACCAUUUGGAUGGGCUGGCCAGAUGAGUGGGUUAAUUACUACAAUACCACGUGCAACCUAGAUAAAUCAAUCAAAUUUCUCCUGCUACAAAUCAUUCAAUCGCCACCAAAUCUAUUCCAUUCAUUGGCUAGUUUAUUUACUAAUAACAUUGUGCCAUAUCUAUCGUUUUCGCAACUAGUUGAAGAAAGCGACUCCAUCGAUGCAAUUGUAACCCCGGUGACAAAUGUGGUUUUAAAGCUUUUUGAGGUUCUCGUGUCUUCACAAUAUGGGCCAGCUCAUUUGGUUGAUAUGAUGAGCGAUCUAGACGUGACUUCUCUCGAAACAUUUCCAUUCGGAGUUGCUAUACCCUUAAAAGAAGCAUUGCUGGUUUCUCAAGAACAGCCCACAUUUGAAUGGACAUCGGACUCAUUAUCAUUAACCGGACGUGAGGAUUUGAAAAAACUCUUGUCUAACGAUCUAUAUUGCGACUCCGUUGUUGAAAAAACUGCUUGUAAUGAUAUCGAAUCAUUAAUAAAAAAUCUCACUUCCAGUGAAAUUGUAUCAUCGUGGGAUGAUCAAUCAGAAGCGAAACGCAUGGGCAUUACUAAAUUAAUAUUUGAUCAAGAUCGCAGAUACUUUGAGAUCACGACUUUAUUACAUCAAACAAAAAUGCAAACAGCGUUUUUGAAAACUGAUGAGUCAGUUAGUGAAUAUGAUCUUCUUUUGCUUCAAAGAAAGUUGGCAGGUGUGGUAGCUAUAAGAACUUUGACUAUACCUAUGGGACGCGCAGCGUUGAAUUAUGGUGGACGCAAACCCUUGCUAACAGAAAAAUAUCCAAUUCCGAAAUUCAAUUUAAACACCUUGAUUUCGCCAACAAUGACAACCAUUAUUCCUUCUGAAGAUAGCAUAUCUCAAGACUUAUUGGAAUGGGGACAUUUCCACAAUGGUGUCUCUUCAAGCUUAAGUAUUGCCAAGGAUUCAAAGGGGAUCUCAGGAAGCUGGAUGAUAUUCAACAAGCCACCCGAUUUAAACUCACAGCAUGCAGGAUUUUUAUAUGGACUAGGGUUGAAUGGUCAUUUGAAGAAGCUUGAGGAAUGGCAUAUUUACAAUUAUUUAGGUCCAAAGCAUCCAUUAACGAGCGUGGGGUUGCUAAUUGGGAUGGCGGCUAGUCUACGUGGCACUAUGGACAACAAAUUGACGAAAGUAUUGUCUGUUCAUGCAGUUGCAUUGUUGCCGCAAGGGGCAAAUGAUUUGAAUGUACCCGUUACGGUUCAAACGGCGGGAUUGAUCGGUAUCGGAUUGCUUUACUUGCAAACACAGCAUCGUAGAAUGAGCGAAAUUUUACUUUCUCAAAUUACCGGUUGUGUUUUCCAAAAUGAUCUGGAACAAAUUCAUGAGGGAUAUAGAUUGGCUUCAGGGUUGGCAUUGGGGUUUGUGAAUUUAGGUAAAGGUGAUGAUUUAAAGGGUCUCAAUGAUACUCAUGUUGUUGACAAAUUAAUGGCAGUUGCAACGUUUGUGAAGCACGAUCAACCAAGAUUGGAAUUGGACAAGUCGUGCUGUGGAGCUAUCGUUGCGUUGUGUUUGAUUUACCUCAAGACUGAAAAUUCAAAUGUUGCUGACAAGUUGGCUAUUCCCGAAUCCGAACAGUUGUUGGAUUAUAUAAGACCUGAUUUAUUGUUUCUUCGUUGUAUGGCAACAAAUUUGAUAACUUGGAGUAAAAUAAGGUCGUCGCGUGAUUGGGUGGAAUCACAAAUACCCAAAGUCGUACUUGACGAGUUCAACAAGACGAAUGGAUUCAAUAGAUUGGACAGCGAUGGUCUUAUUUUCUUCAACAUCUUGGGAGGCUCUUGUUUGGCAAUGGCAUUGAGAUAUGCUUCAUCCUCCAACAUAGAAGCAAGGGAUACUAUUUUGUAUUACCUUGACAAGAUGAUGUUAUUAACGAGUAAGUCUGCAAACAAUUAUGAUGAGAAACUUGCAUACAAUGCUGCUAUAAAUGUUCAAAACAUGUUGGCCCUAUGUGCGUCUUUAAUCAUGGCUGCAACUGGCGAUUUAAAAGUUUUCCAACGAUUGCGUGUAUUGCAUAAUGACACUAGUAAGUCUAUGGGAUAUGGCGGGUAUAUGGCUAUAAAUACUGCUUUGGGGUUCUUAUUUCUUGGUGGUGGACAAAUGGCAUUUGAUGAUUCGUUGUUUGGCAUUGCCAGUUUGGUCACUAGUUUGUAUCCCGUAUUUCCCAAGGAAAAUAGUGAAUGUGAAGUUCAUUUACAAGCCUUGAGACAUUUCUGGGCCUUGGCUAUUGUAUCACGAUGUUUGGUGGUUAAGGAGGUGCUGACAAAUGAACCUUGUAAGAUUCCCAUUACAAUAACAAUGAAAGAUGGUCAAGUGAUUGAGAAAUUGUCUCCUUGCUUGCUUCCCAAGAUUGGCGAUAUACAGACAAUCUGUACAAAUUCGAUUGAUUAUUUUCAAGUUGUAAUUGAUUGUCAAUUGAAGUCAGAAAUCUUGGAGAAUUUUGAGCAGUCGUUGACAAUUUAUGUUUACAAGAAGCAAAACUAUCAAUUGUUGCGACCAAACAUUCGGUCAAUGUUGCAAAACAAAAGUCGGAACAUUGAUAUUGAGUCUCAGCUGGUGAUCAAUGGAGCGUUGUUUGAACCAGUUGAUUUAAACAGUAAAGAAAUCUGGGUAAAUGAAUUUGAGUCCAAAAAGAAGGUUUCUUACUCUGGAUUAACAAUCUUCAACAUAAUUGAUGAUAAAUUGAAGAUGAUUCAGAGUGUUGAGUCGCCAGAAUCUAUUGAAGAUAUUUGGAAUUUGAGGUUGUUGUUUGAAUAUGCCAAUACUCGUAUCCAAAAUGACGACCUUCACUAUGUUCCGUUACAAUUUAUUAACCAGUUGAAGCAAAAGUUGUGGAACAAGGUAGGAUCGUGA